AUGACUCGGCUUUUCCGAUCUAAAUCGUGUGGACUCGGACAAAUCGCGAUGGACUCCGUGUUUGACUCGUCCCCACAUAGUUCUUCUUUGUAUCUCACCAACGACAACGACGAAGACGAAGACGAAGAUGACGAUGACGAUGGACUCCUUGGGAAUAGCAAUAGCAAUAAUCCAGUUAAGACGCCGUUGAUAAUGCCGGAACGUCGAAACCAGGGUCAUCACCAGUUUCCAAUUGUGGCCAUCUUGGUGGCGGCGUUGAGGAAGUCUCUGGUGACUUGCAGUGUGGAGACAGAGGAUUUGGAGUCGUCUAUGGAUAUUGGUUGGCCAACCAAUGUCCGCCACGUCUCUCACGUCACCUUCGAUCGCUUCAAUGGUUUUCUAGGUUUGCCCGUCGAGCUCGAGCCUGAGGUCCCCCGAAAGGCAUGGUUUCGAGAACUUCCGGCAGGAGUUCUUGAUUGUCUGACUCCUGAACAGGUUAUGCAUUGCAAUACAGAGGACGAGUGCACUCAACUUGUGAAGUUACUUCCUCCAAGUGAAGCUGCAUUACUUGACUGGGCCAUCAAUUUGAUGGCAGAUGUUGUGCAGCAUGAGCAUCACAAUAAAAUGAAUGUCCGCAACAUCGCUAUGGUUUUUGCUCCUAACAUGACUCAGAUGGCCGAUCCUUUGACUGCAUUAAUUCAUGCAGUUCAAGUGAUGAAUUUUCUCAAGACUCUGAUAAUGAAAACUCUUCGGGAAAGAGAAGAAUCAGCUGCAACAGUUCAAUUGAUACCGUUCUGUGCAGCAUCGGCCAGCGACAGUGGUGAGCCUGAUUCAUCAAACUCAAACAGCAUGGUAUUUCGUGAGCAAACUUGCAGUGGGUGUGUCCAUGAGAGACCUGGUGCUGACAAACUUUGGAGAAGUGCCACUUUGGGCAGAUUGGAAUCUGAUGCUGCCGAUAAAUUCUGGAGCUUCAAGAGUAAUAAUGAUGCUGUAGAGGCAUAUGAAUCCAUUUCAUGUAGGAACUCACCUGUUAUGUGCAAAAGAGAAACUAUAGAAAAUUGUUUUAGAGAGAGGUGUGAGAAUGAGGAAGUUGAGGGGAUUUUGCACAGGCUAAGUUUGAGGAAAGGGGUGCGGAAACUAUGCAGGCAUCCUGUGUUUCAAUUGACUAAGCCAGUUAAGAAAAGUGGGGGCCUUGGAAUUGUAGAUAACAGGAGAGGAGGUGGAGAAGCUUGGGCAUGAGAUCCUCGAUCAAUGCAACAAUUCCGGUUUGGGGUGUAGGUCUAUGUUGAUUUGGUUUGAGAUUCUUGAUGUUUGUAAAACCAUUGUUAUAGCGUCUGAGAUGUUCAUGUUGUUUGAUUAAUAAUGUAGUCAGAGGAAGCAUUUUUAAGUUUCUAAUGUGUGUUCAGCUACUAACUGGGAUUCUUGGCUAAGUGAACAUAUUUAUAUUGCCUAAUUGCUUCAAUGAUUUGGUAUCUAAGUUUGUG